CUUAAUUAGCCCGCAUAACCGGAUACUAGAAAUUAGUUAAACUUUGACGGGAUUCAUUUAUGAGGAAUAAACUGAAGGUUUCCAAAUUCAAACUAUCUGUACCAGUCAUUUGCCCUUAGCUACCGUAAUGGCGGACGAUCAAGAUAAGAACUCAUUGACCGGUGAAAAUGUUGGGGAGGAGAACCAGCAACCGGAGAUCCCAGAAAAUGUACAGAAAAUAAUCAAUGCUGAGAAAGAGGCCGAGGGCUUGCCUGCAAAGAGACCCAAGGUGGACCUACAGUCUCUGCCCACUCGGGCCUACCUAGACCAAACUGUUGUUCCAAUACUUUUACAGGGAAUGUCUGUUUUAGCUAAAGAAAG